UUCGAUUGGUCAAUUUGUAAAAUUUAUUGUUCCAAUUGGUUAGUCAAACGCUUCGAAGCAUAUACUAUGCAGCAAUCCAUUCUACAUGUCGAUGGUCUAUGAUCUUCUCUUUGCUGACAGUGAAUUUCGGAACGCAACCAAGAUGUUUACGCAGUGUUGACUGUCCUUAAAUAGUGAACUGUAUUUCUAUCUUUUAUGGUUCAUACAGUCGUUUGGUGACAAUUGUGAUUCUUUGCUAAGGAAAUUAGUAUUUUUAUGUUAUUAAGUAGUUGAGUUUGUGAUGAGGAAAUUAAAUUGUCAAGAGUUAUGUGGAGUCGACAGAUUAGAAGCUCAACUAGAAGUCGCUCGCGACGGUCUUCGUGGUCUUGAUCGUAGCAUUCGUAAAAUUUUGGGUCGAGAACUUCCUGACGGCGAAAGCGGCCCAUUGCAAUCUAGAAUACCUCAAAAACGAUUGUUGCAAGAAGAUCGUCGAAGAGCUAUAACAGAUUUUGUGAAUAAUGAGUUACCUGGAGGCAAACGACGCUGGCAAGGUUCUAAUAUUGAACCAAAAACAGUUUUUAGUCGAUUAAGUGCACGUGUUCCAUCUACUGCAGAUGACAGUGCUGAUGAAGAUGACAGCAUUACUAAG